AUGAGUACUGAGAAUGGGGUUUCCGAUGAGCCCGUCAGCAAAAAACGCCGAAUUGAUUCUGCUAAAGACAAGCCCAAAACGAAGAAAAAGCAUAUUCCUGUAUUUCGAUUGAAACCUACCGGAGAGACGGCGUCAUUAUGUUUGUCAUCAGAGGAAAGAGUGCCAUUAGUUCUCACAGAUAUUCAACAUUUGCUUUUACAUUCGUUAUUUGGAAACCUAAAUCUUACCCAGCCACCGCGUUGGUACACCAUAGACAAAUGCAAUCACAUCAGCCAAACCACCUGUCUUAUUAUUGAAGGUAUUUCUGUCCAGGACUGGGAAAAUUAUCAAGAUAUGCUGAAGAGUACGCACAAGAUAUUUGAUAGUGCCGUUGAAGUUUUAACUCCUUCUGUUUAUAAUGGAUCCCUAGUUAAAGAAAUGGCCUUAGUACCGCUGUCAGAAAAUGAAAAAGAAACAUUAAUACAAAAAUAUGGUAGCAUGAACUUAGCUCUUGAGGUGAGAAAGGAUUUGAUGGUGAUGAUGAAAGCUGUUUUUCCUAUCAGAGAUGAAAUAGCAGGUUCAGUAGAUGUCAGACGACUUGAUGAAAAAUUUCCACGGACACAGCUUAUACUGUCCGCUUGGCAAUUGAUAGAUGAAAAUUAUCCAGUUCCACUCAAAGGUAAAUUACAGAAUGUGUACGCUGAUUAUGUUAUGACAAAAGAAGAGUAUUCACCAGUUACAGCGGAAUCACCAAUGUUCGGUUUAGAUUGUGAAAUGUGUCUUACAAAAGCUGGUUCAGAGUUAACACGAGUAUCAAUUGUUAACGAACAACAUGAAACUGUAUAUGAAUCUUUUGUUAAACCCUACAACCAGAUAAUGGAUUAUUUAACUCAGUAUUCUGGUAUUACUGAGGAGUUAUUGAGAGAUGUAACAAAAAGGCUAGAAGAUGUACAGAAAGAAAUACAAGAGCUUCUGCCUUCUGAUGCAAUAUUAGUCGGACAGUCUUUGAAUUCAGAUUUACAUGCCUUAAGGUUAAUGCACCCAUAUAUUAUUGACACAAGUUUGAUUUACAAUUUCACUGGGGAAAGAUAUCGUAAGCCGAAGUUAAAAGUAUUAGCAAAGGAAUAUCUCAAAGAGGAAAUUCAGACUGGCACAGAUGGUCAUUGCUCAGUUGAGGAUUCCCUUGCCUCUCUAAAACUUGUUCAGCUGAAAUUAAGCAAGAGUGUUGAAUUUGGUGAUGCAGUACACACAAAGAGGCAAAAAUACAAAGAAAAUGUCAAUAAAAUGGUCACCGAGCCCCAUUAUGCUUUGUCCAUUUUUAAUCACAUUAUAGAACAGAAGAAAACCUCGAUAAUCAUCGGCUGUGACAAUAUAACAGGCGACUAUCAUACAUUUUUGACUCAAGCCAAGGAAAGUUUAAGUACUCAGUUGAAGAAAAGUAAACCAAAGCGAGUUAAAUUGAGUACAGUAGACAGUAUGGAUGAAGUUAUAACAACAUUAACUGAAUCUGUGAAAAAUUAUAAUUUAGUCAUGGGACACUUGAAAUUGGAGGCGUCCGAAGAUGAUACAAAGUUAAUGCAAACGGUUGACGGAUGGGUAGAAACUGUGUGGAACAGUGUUCAAGAAUCAGCUAUCUGUGUUAUUGUAUUCGGUGGAACUGUAAACGGAAAUGGAGUAGCGAUGAUGAAAGUGAAAAGUUAA